AUCCUUUGCGCUUUCCCCAUCAUUUCAACACGAGUGACAGAAGAGUUGGAAAAUUCAGGACCGCAAACAUUACUUCCUCACAAUCUACAGACAUCACUAUCCGAUGAAGUCGUUUACUCUCUCCCUUAUACUCCCCUUGCUGGUCUCAGCCGUCGAAGAUGUCCUCCCACACAUCAGAUCAGAGGCCUUCGACAAUGGAGAACUCGGAGCCUAUCCAAACAGGACAUACAUAACGGAACCGACUUCGAUUUCACCACAACUAAACAUCUUAAAGUCAGAUUCAAGAUGCGAUGAUGGACUCUACACGAUGAUAAGUCUUCGUGGCGACAAAGUAGAGUUGAAAGGGCAAAGUCCGAUGAUACACGAUUCACAGGGAAAUUUGGUGUGGAUGAAUGCGACUUACGGCGAAACAUUUGGGUUAAGUGUACAGAGCUACAAGGGCCAAGAAUACUUAACGUUCUGGCAAGGCGAUGAUAGUGUUGGGGGACAUGGAGAGGGGUAUUAUUUUCUACUGGACUCGUCCUAUCGGGAAGCCUACAAACUCUCUGCUGGAAAUGGCAGGCCAGGUGAUCUUCACGAGUUUCACAUCAGCAAAGACGGUACAGCCUUGUUAACGCAAUACUUGUUCGAAGAAGCAACAUUUGGAGGGGUUGGUCCAAGGAGUCGAAAGGGUUUCAUCUGGGACUCUGUGAUACAAGAAGUCGAUAUCGAGACAAAAAAAGUAUUGUUCGAGUGGCAUGCAGCCGAGCACUUCAAUAUCGAUGAAUCGGAAUUCCCGUCAGGCGGGACAGGGAGGAACAGUAAAAGCGGCUAUGACUUCUUCCAUAUCAACAGCAUUGACAAGGACUAUCUCGGAAACUACCUAAUCUCCUCGAGAUACUACCAAUCUCUAACAUACAUCAAUGGCUCAACUGGAGAUAUCCUUUGGACACUGGGAGGAAAACACAAUUCGUUCAAAGACCUCUCCGGAGGUCAAGCUACCAAAUUCGGAUGGCAACACGACGCACGCUGGACUGCCGAUCACAGCGGCGUAACUCUCUUUGACAACGGAGCUCGAUACGGUCUCAAGCCUAGUGUCGAGAGUUCUCGCGGUGUACAUAUUGCACUCGAUCUCCAAGCGAUGACAGCCGAGGUCAAGAAUUCGUACGUCAAUCCUCGCAAGAUUAUCAGCGGGUCACAAGGCUCCAUGCAACUACUACCAAGUGGAAAUGUACUGCUGGGCUUUGGGUAUAAUGCCGCAUGGACCGAGUUUACACCUGAGGGCGAACCACUUUGCGAUGUUCAUAUUGGAAGUCAGAAGACAUUCAAUACCGGUGCGGUGCAAACUUACAAAGUCUUGAAGCAUUCUUGGACUGGUCGACCUACAACAAAACCCGCAGUCAAAUCUCUUGAUGGCGCGAUAUACAUGAGCUGGAAUGGAGCGACUGAAAUUGCGAAUUGGGUACUCCAAAGCUCGAGUGACGGAGGACUGGAAGUCAAAAGCUUGGUUGAUGUUGAGAUGAUGCCUAAGACGGGCUUUGAGACGAAGGCAAAUAUCGACUGUCAUCGAUGGCACUAUGUCAGAGCUAUCGCAAUCGAUGCGAAAGGACAGACGCUGGGUGUUUCUGAAAUGGUUGAGACGAGUUGUGAGCACGAGACGAUGCAACAACAAGCAGAGUUUCAGCUCCAAAUGGAUCGUCAGCAACGCAUCAGAUAUAUCUUGCAGCUUACCAUAUUCAUCAGUUGCGGUACUGUGGUUUGCGGACUCUGGAGAUGGCGAAUCAGGCGGAGAACAUAUUCGGCUAUACAGCAGAAGCUAUGGGCUUGAUCUCCAAAUACCUAG